AUGAUAGAAUUCAUUUUGAUGGUUAACAAACAAGGCCAAACACGACUCAGCCAAUAUUAUAACAAUUUAAGUAUCGAAGAAAAAACAAUACUCGAAGGAGAAUUAAUCAGAAAAUGUUUAUCUAGAGUAGAUUAUCAAUGCUCUUUUUUGCAAUUUAGAGAGUAUAAAAUUAUAUACAGAAGGUAUGCCAGCCUAUACCUAAUCGUAGGAGUCACUAACCAAGAUGUUAAUGAAUUUGCUAUCCUUGAAAUGAUUCAUAAUAUAAUUGAAAUUUUAGAUAAAUAUUAUGAAAAUGUUUGCGAACUUGAUAUUAUGUUUAACAUAGAUAAAACUCAUUUUAUUAUUGAUGAAAUUAUAUGUAAUGGAGAAAUAUGUGACAUGAAUAAAAAUAAUGUUUUAAGACCAAUCAUAUUGAUGGAUAAGUAUUCAUUAAAAAUAUGA